CUACACACACUCUCACUACACACACACGGGCCUUCACAAUGACAGUAUAGCAGCCUCUGUACAAACACACUCUCAGCACAAGCAAAAACAUGGCCUUGGAACAACCACACAGGACCUUGGGAAAGGUCACCACAGUAUUUGCAACGAAGCUCAAGUCUUUCACCUUCGUGCCAUUUCUGAAAAGGCUGCCUGCUGAGAACAGGGUCUGGAAGAAAGUAUUUCAGACAAACAGAGCAAAGUCUUCAGGAGAGCCAGGGGACCGUGAGAAAAGCAUGGCAGAAGAAGGAGUCUACAAGGCAGAGGUUAUUUACGUGCAAGACCCUGAAGAUGGCCAGCUCGGAGAAACGCACAAGAGCACCACUCAAACUGAGAUUCAGUCCACUGACAAUUUAACACUUAAACCACCCACCUCCCUCGUUGGUCCUCCUACAGAAUUUAGUGCCGUAUCCCCCGAGCCUGGCCCUGCUGUCAUGGAAACCACCGAAAACAAACACCCCAGCAUUUUCCAGCUUGGAUUUCACAACGUAUCAGAGGCUGCCGAGGUCAGCUCAGGUCUGUUUUUAAAUAGCUCAUCCCAAAGACAAGAGGCCCUCAGUCCUGCCGGCUCUGUGGAUUUUUUCAAUUCUCCAAUGUCUUCAAAAGAGUCUAUACUCUCCGAGGGAUGGGACAAAGAAAGAAGCUGGUCAGGCCUUCACAUGUUCUCACAGGAUGGAUCUCCAGGUCUCAGUCGCACAGUUUCCCCAUGUUCCUCUAUAAGAUCAGGAACAUUCACACCUUCUGUGAUGAGAAUCAAACGGCACUCUUUGGCUCCGGGAUCUAGUUUGUUACACAUGUCGUCCACUUGUGGGACGCCAUGCUGUGACAGUCGGGCAACCUCUCCGUGUCCCCUUUCACCACGUGGCCGACACAGACUCCCUCCAACCCAACUCUCCCUGUUAACAGCUAUCCUCAGAAAAGGACGUCUACCUGUUCUGUCCUCAUCUUCUCAAAGACCUUACACUCCCUGCUGGCCCAUCAGUCCGGUUAACGUAUCCUCAUGCUUAGCAUGCUCAGCUGCCUCUUCUGUUGCACCCAUGAACAUGCCCAAAGCAAAGUCUUGCACUGGUAUUGAUAGAUCAUGUGGUGAACCUUGCCAUAAUUCAGAACUUCAGAAGCAAGACCAAAGCUCUCUUUUAGUCUCAUCAAAGGUUAAGACGACUGAUGAAACCAUACCAACAAAGUCAUCAGAAAGACUUGACUCAUGCCAACCUUUCCCCAGUAGUAGCAGAGUAGAGUCACACACAAAUCACACCCCUUACCCAAGAUUACCACCAGUCCAAACUGCCCAUUCUCACCUGUCCAAAUUAAGUCAUAAGGGAAAUCGUUUGCCGGUAGUUCCGAGCUCUCUUUUGAGUGGCUCCCAUAUGAGCCGCUCGUCUCCUAAAUCAAGCACUCUGUUUUAUUCUGGCACUGAGAACCAGAAAAAUCAAUUAGGGUCAGGGGAUUGUCCUGCAACUGUGGAUACAAAUAAGUCAGCUGAAUCUUUAGCAUCUGUAAGGCACGUUGAAACAAAAACCAGAUCAGACAAUUAUUCAAUAGAUCUAAAACAGAGUCAGCAAUCAUCCUGUGAGCCCUAUUCACAACUUAAAGAAAGUUCAGCUGACUAUUUAGCACCAUAUUCAGCUCCUAAUUCAUGUAAAUCUCCUUCAUUUUAUCACACAUUUGAAUCCCACAGUGAUUCUGAGAACCAGAAAAAUCAAUUAGCGUCAAGAGAACGCUCUGCAAUCAUGGAUACAAACAAGUUGGCUGAAUCUUCAGCAUCGUCAACGCAUGUUGAAACAAACCCCCAUGAGAGGUCAGAUAUCAAAUAUUCAGUAGAGCUAAAACAGAGUCAGAAUUCAUCCAAUGAGGCCUAUUCGAAACUUAAAGAAAGGUCAGCUGACAAUUUAACUCCAGAUUCAACUCAGAAUUCAUGUAAAUCUCCUUUGUUUCAUCACAUAUUUGAAUCCCACAGUGAUUCUGAGAACCAGAACAAUCAGUUAGCGCCAAGGGGAUGCCCUGCAAUCAAGGAUACAAGCAAGUUGCCUGAAUCUAUAGCAUCUCUAACUUAUGUUGAAUCAAAACCCAGAUCAGACAAAUUUUCAAUAGAGCUAAAAUCGAGCCAGAAACCAAACAAUGAGCCCUGUCUGAAAGUUAAAGAAAGUUCAGCUGACCAUUUUGCACCAAAUUCAGCUCAGAAUUCAUGUAAAUCUCCUUCGUUUUAUCAUUUAUUUGAAUCCCACAGUGAUUCUGAGAACCAAAAAAAUCAAUUAGCGUCAAGGGAACACCCUGCAAUCAUGGAUCCAAACAAGUUACCUGAAUCUUUAGCAUCUGUAAAGCAUGUUGAAACAAAACCCAGGCUAGAGGAAUAUUCAGUAGAGCUAAAACAGAGCCAGAAAUCAUCCUAUUCGAAACAUAACAAAAGCUCUGACAAUCCAGCACCAAAUCCAGCUCGGCAUUCAUGUAAAUCUCCUUCCACUUUGGAAUCACACAGCAAUCCCACAUGCCCAGAUUUAACCAUCAAAGGCAACAAAAUCAAAAAUGAUUUGGAGAGAGUGCUCUUGUCAUCCCCUGCUUUAAGACUGUCUCCCUCUCCCAAACCUAUGGGACUCUCCGGCCUGUCCUACACACCUCCAGUUUCUCCAGCUUUGCCCACAGUUCAACCAAAAUCCCGGUCGUCCACCCCAGAUCGGGGCACCCUGUCCCCCUCCCCUGGCCGUCAGCUCUCCCCCUCACCCUCAUACUCCUGCUCAUCACCCUCUCCAUCUCUGUGGGGCAGCUCACAAGACUGCGCAGAUGGGGAUUGUAAAAAUAGAAAGACAUACAAGAUCAAAUCCACCUACAAGGCACUUGCCGCUAUUCCUACCAAUACGCUGCUCCUGGAACAGCAGGCUAUAGAUGAAGAGGUCAGCAGGAAAGAAGCUUUGCUCAACCCUGCAGACAACUAUUCCUGGGAAGACCCACAUGCUGAGAUGUGCUCUCCUGCGCAGCUCCGUCAACAGACCGCAGAGCUCUACGCCACCAUUGAUGAAGUUCUGGAGGACACAAUACAGAGACGUCAAUCAAACCAUGUGAACAAAGCCAUCGUGAAGUCUUUGGCAGCCGAGGCAUCAAGGCAACAGACUUCAUCACCAUCUCCAAAAUUAUUGGGACGAGAAACAAGAUAUACUGCUUACCUCCUCACAGACGACUUUCCCAGUGUUACCAGUUUGCCCAGUGGCUCGCUGCAUACUCUGAUGGACUCCGGGAAGCGGAGUUGACGGCAACGACGAGGUUUGAGGAUUGUCGCGGCUGAAGUGUAUAUUGUGACCUCUGGUGGAUUUAUGCAAGAAGAGGACGCGCGAGAGAAAAUUGAGAUCAUCAAAAAGAGUAAACAGCGGCCUCUGGGGGAUUUGCAAAAACAAAAACUGCAAGCAGACGUACCUCCAGUUACGUAUUUCACUGUACCCUGAAGUGUAGACCUGGGUACAUAUCCUGAAUGCAACAAACAAUGAACCUACAGUGUAAAACACUAUUUUAUUUUACUGUAUUUUACCCGCCCCUUUACCUGUAAAAGUGUUUUACAGUAGCAGGGCCCUACCGUAAUUCAUUUUAGAGUAAAACAGCCUUACCGCAACUUCUUUUUAUGGUAAAAUGGCCUUUAACACAUUUUGAUUUUACAGUACUUUUACUGUAAUUAUACACUAGCAGUACAAAACCUUUAUUUUUAGUAUUUACUAUUGAAUUUAAUUAAUUCCCAAACAUGUGACAAUUUUUUUUUUCAGCAAUUGUCUCUUAUUUGUCUUUAACCUCAGUUGAAUACUUUGAUUACAGUAGAAUACCGCAAAUUCCUAAUGUGCAGUAAGUUCUUGUAAAUGUUUUGAAAUGACCCACAAUGCAGUGCAUAUUACAGUAGUGAACUGUAAAUAAUGUAAGUGGUAUUUUACUGGGCAUUAUUGCAGUAAAUAACAGUAAAACCGCUGCAAAGUCUAACAGUGUACAAGUUUCGGCAUUAGAGUGACAACAUUCAGUUGCAUCUGCAGUUCAUUUGAAUAUUCAUUAUCUGUCACAUGACACGAUUAAAUAAGUAAACAGUACAGAAAAUUAUAAAGCCAAAACAGUAAUAUUAACUCAGUAAGAGGCAACACAGGCUCAUUGUGAAUACGUACUCCCGUAUACAUUUCUGGAGAGCGUGAAUAAUGUAGCCAGAGGUAUGUAUGGCUGCAUUUUGUCUGUAAAACGAAUGCUAUGGGGCGGUAUGAUGCUGGCGAAGGCUUCUGUUUCUUUUCGCUUUACCAGUUGAUCGCUUACCUCCAUGUGGACGGCUUUUCUGCUAUUACCAGUUUGCCCCAUGGCUCGCCGCAUACGUUGGAGAUGCUGAGAGUAGUUGACCGUGAUGACAGGGUUCAAGUCCAGCAAAGAGCAGUUCUAGAAAGCAGGUAAACCAAAAAUGAAAGGCAAUGAAUAAAAUAAAGAAGAAAAUAACAGGGUGAGAACGUGAUAAGAUGUAAAAAUGUGGUAAAAAUCGCAUCGGUUGGUCAGUCAGUCAGUUGACAGCGGCCACUGGUGGAUUUUCGUGAGAACAGCAGGCGUGAAUGACACUUGUAAGAGAAAUUCGAGAUCUGAAAAAGCGUAAACAACGACCCCUGGUGGAUUAUCAAGAACAAAAACUGCAAAAAAACAUAGCUCCUGGGACAUAUUUCGCACUAUCCAGAAAUGUAUACAGUGGUAUGUAUCAAUAAUAAACCUGGGUUGGUAAUAGGACAGAGAGAAAAAUGUAUUAAACUGAUCAGCAUAAUUCUGAAAAUUCUAACAAAUGUUAUAUAUUAUAUACAGAUAUAUUUCAUUAUUAACUCUUUAAUUUGAUUCUAGGCCAGCUCUCCAUUUCAACCUUCUGUGACUGCUGAAAAAACAACG